AUGAAGAGCAUCCAUGUAAGCCAGCUAAGGGCUGGGUCGUUCAACCUGGUCAGCCUCAUAGAGGAAUCUGUGGACAUCAGAGAGGACAGCAUCUUCCAAACGCACGCCGAGUUGGUGGAGCUUGUUGGAGACCUCGAGAGCAUAAGGGAAGGCCUGUUUUUCAAGAAAGAAAAGCUCAACACAAAGCUCCGCACCAUCGAGGAUGCCUUGAAGCUGGAGAAGAUUGACGACCUAAGCAGGGAGAUAAGCCAGAUAUGCCUGGAGCCGCUUGGCUCAUCGAGGGAUGUGCUUGAGAGAAACAAGGAAAUAAACCAUCUCAAGAGGAUGGAAAAGGGAGUGAAGUAUCUGAUGGAAAUCGAGAAGGGAGGCUUCAAGGUGCUCGACAGCCUCAUAUCGAGUGACAGCGAGGAUGACUGGAGGUUUCUUUGCUUUUUUCUGUACAGCAUCUCAAAGGUUGUUGAAGAUGACGGGGAGCUUCAAAAGUACAACAAGCUUGUAGAGGACAAGAUGCUUCAUGUGUUCGAAGAGGGGAACAAGAAGGGAAACAAGGCGAUGAUGAGAUCUGCAUACAACUCGCUGCUUGAAAUGGGCAAGGAAAACUCUCUUGUCUACUCGUAUGUAUACUCUCUAGACCUGUUUAAGAAGCCCAUUAGAAUGGUCCGCAAGGAGGAAAGAAUCAUAGACCUCGACUUCCACACAACAGACCACAGUACAUUCGUGGAGUUGGUAGACAAAGUCAGAGAUACAUACGACGCCGACUUCCGAGAUCUCAAAGACAUUUUUGCAGACACAAAGGACGUGUACAAGGUAAUACACAAGAAGGUGUACGAUGACAUCAUUUCGACGGCACUGAGCGACUAUCUCAAGGGAACAAGCCCCUGCACAUUCCUACUGGGGCUCGAAAGCUGUUAUAGGAAUCUCCGCGUACUUGGAUCGUUCAUCGAGACAAUAGAUCCUGGGUUUGAUGGGUCGUACGCCACCGAGGAUCUUGUUUCGCAAUACACAAGAAUGGCCGUCGACAAGGAAAAGGCCUUUUUUGAUCAGAUCUACGAGAUUCUUGCUCUUCGGAGGCAGAGCGAAACGAAGUAUAUCAUCCUCGGGGAGGAGGCUGGAAGCACUGCCGACAGCAUAUUUGUGUACAAGCAGUUCCUGAACGUCAUAAACUUUACCCUCGAAAGAUCUAGCAAGUUCUACAGCGAGGCUGAUGAGGAUGAGCUCAUUGACUUUUUUUUCAGAAAGAUCGGCGGAUUCAUCGGGAUUGUCUACGAUUCGAUACAGGACAAGCUUGAGGUAGUGAAAACUCUGAAAUUCAUCUAUCUGGUGACGGUGAAGUACUUUGCAGAUAAGUCCUGGAAGCUUGUGACCUUCAGAGAUAAGAUCGACAGGAAGCUUAGAGACGCCCUCGAAGACCAAAUAGAAACGUGUUCCAUGAGGAUCGGGGUUAGAGUCAAGCAGGAGGAUUUCGCAAACCUAGAGGGGUGCGAGAGGGUGCUGGAGAUUGUGAGACACGAAAUCAACAGAGCUGCUGAGAUGACUAUAGAAGGCAAAAACUUCAAGAUUCUGGUGAACCGAAUCUUCUGUCUCCUCUAUUCCACGUUAUAUAGCAGAAUACUGCAGCUCACGUUUGAUGAGGAGCAAUCCAGAAACAUGGUAGAGUAUGUCUCCAAGAUCCUAGAGUUUGCCAAGGAACUCGGGUGUGCCGAGUCCAUCCAAAAGUCCACCCACCUCUAUAACCUGGCCAUGCUGGUGUCCGUUCCUGAGGAAGACUUCGAAUCAUUCUAUAGUCUCUUGGUAGGGAGGAUAUCUGAUGAUGAGGUUCUGAAGAUAUUGAGGUGUAGAAAAGACAGAGAAAAGGUGCAGGGCAAGGUGUCUGCCUCAAGUGGCAAAGACAUGUGA